GGGAGAUUUCUCAACUCUUAAUUGGAGUUCCGAAAGCCCUUAUUCCUAAUAGCCUCUUCUUUCUAUCUAUCUAAUCCUGGCGACAAGAGUGUGAAAUCGCUGUGUGUGUUGCAGAUUAGCAGAUGGAAGAUCCAGCUCCACCAUCCGAAGCAUCCAAUCGCCCCCCUCGUAAGAGGGGCAGACCUCCCAAACACCUCCCCAAGGAACACGACGCCGACGCCGACCGGACCACCGUGCAAGCCGACCGAGAGAGUUCGCCCGACGACUUCGACGAAGCACCCGCUAAAUCCAAGAGAAAUCGUGCUUCCGAAGGAACCUCCAGCGUCGCGCACAAAGUCUCUGACCAAACCCUAAUUGAGGUGGUAAAAGGUAAUGGCAAGUUUAUUCCCCAGGCAGUCAAGUUUUGGGUUGAAUGCUAUGAAAAGGAUCCAAAACCUGCAAUGGUUGAUCUCUUGACAAUGCUGUUUGAGGCAUGUGGAGCCAAGUACUGCGAUAAGAGUGAUCUUGUGGAUGAGACUGAUGUUGAUGAAGUUGUAAUUGCUCUUGUCAACUGUGCUAAAAGGGGUGAAGUUGAAGAUUAUCAAAAUUCCAAAAAGAAAGAGAUUAAAAACUUCAAAGAGAAUCUAGAAUCAUUCUGGGACAAUUUGGUUCGUGAAUGUCAGCAUGGCCCAUUGUUUGAUCAAGUUUUAUUUGACAAGUGCAUGGACUAUAUCAUUGCACUGUCAUGCACCCCUCCAAGAGUAUACCGUCAAGUUGCAUCAUUGAUGGGUCUUAGUCUGGUCACAUCAUACAUAACUAUUGCUAAUAUGCUUCGUGCUCAAAGAGAGACUACUCAGAGACAGUUGGAAGCUGAGAAAAAGAAAAGAACUGAGGGGCCUCGAGUGGAUUCACUAAAGAAAAGGUCUUCUGAUACUCAUGAUAGAAUACAGUUGUUGGAGGAGAUGAUGCGCAAGAUAUUUACUGGGUUAUUUGUGCAUCGCUACAGAGACAUUGACCAAAAUAUUAGAAUGUCAUGCAUCGAAUCGUUGGGUGCAUGGAUCCUGUCAUACCCAUCACUUUUCCUGCAGGAUUUGUACUUGAAAUAUCUUGGAUGGACGCUGAAUGACAAAAAUGCUGGUGUAAGAAAGGCUUCUAUAAGUGCUCUGCAAAAUCUUUAUGAGGUGGAUGAUAAUGUGCCAACCCUUGGUUUAUUUACUGAAAGAUUUUCUAGCCGGAUGAUUGAGCUUGCUGAUGACAUUGAUGUUUCUGUGGCUGUUCAAGCCAUAGGUCUUGUUAAACAAUUACUAAGACAUCAACUUAUUCCUGAAGAUGACUUGGGUCCUUUGUAUGAUUUGUUGAUUGAUGACCCCCCAGAAAUCAGGCAUGCCAUUGGAGCAUUAGUGUAUGAUCACUUGAUUGCUCAAAAAUUUAAUAGCCUCCAAUCAGGAUCAAGAGGUCUUAAAAUUUUCACUUUAUAUUUUUACCAUUAUUUUGACUAUGACAAACAUUUGAUGAAGACAAUUUUUUUUCCAGAUGAAACUGGCAAUACCUCUGAGGUCCAUCUAAAGAGAAUGUUGCGAAUUCUGGAGGAGUUCCCACAAGAUCCAAUUUUGAGCAUUUAUGUAAUUGAUGAUGUGUGGGAGUACAUGACAGCUAUAAAGGAUUGGAAGUGCAUUAUAUCCAUGCUCCUUGAUGAAAGUCCAUCAGUUGAGCUCUCUGACAGUGAUGCAACAAACUUGGUGCGACUCCUGUGUGCAUCCGUGAAAAAGGCUAUUGGAGAGAGGAUUGUGCCUGCUACAGAUAACAGAAAGCAUUACUACAACAAAGCCCAGAAAGAAGUAUUUGAAAGUAACAAACAGGACAUAACUGUUGCCAUGAUGAAGACUUACCCAUUACUCUUGCGAAAAUUCAUUUCAGAUAAAGCAAAAGUCUCAUCACUGGUUGAGAUUGUUUUGCAUAUGAACCUUGAAUACUAUUCCUUGAAGAGGCAGGAACAGAAUUUCAAAAAUUUACUCCAACUCGUGAAAGAAGCAUUUUUUAAGCAUGGUGACAAGGACCCUCUUAGGGCUUGUGUGAAGGCUAUUGAUUUUUGUUGCAUAGAAAGUCAAGGGGAAUUGCAAGAUUUUGCUCGUAAUAAAUUAAAGGAACUUGAAGAUGAAAUCAUUGCAAAGCUGAAAUCCGCUAUUAAAGAAGUACUGGAUGGUGGUGAUGAAUAUUCUCUUCUUGUAAACUUGAAGAGGUUGUAUGAACUCCAACUAAAAAGAUCUGUGCCUAUCAAUAGCCUAUAUGAAGACAUUGUCACGGUGCUACGUGGUAAUAGGGAUAUGGAGGAUGAGGUUGUUGGUUUCCUGCUUCUGAACAUGUAUUUGCAUCUGGCUUGGGGUCUACAGUCUAUAGUAAAUGAAGAAGCUGUUUCUGAAGCAUCCUUAAAUUCUCUUUUGUCUAAGCGUGAUACUUUGUUACAAGAACUUGAAUACUUUCUCAACUUGGCUGAUGAUAACAGGGAAGGGGGUAAAUAUACAAGUGAACUCGGCUGCAGAGUAUGCACUAUACUUGCAGAAACAUGGUUCUUAUUUAGGACAACAAAUUUCAACAAGACAAAACUGGAAAAAUUAGGAUAUCAGCCAGACACAGAUAUGCUUCAGAAGUUCUGGGAACUUUGUCAACAACAGCUUAAUAUUUCAGAUGAGGCAGAAGAUGAAGAUGUUAAUAAAGAGUAUGCUGUGGAGACAAAUAGAGAUGCUGUGAUGAUUGCUGCUGCAAAGCUGAUCGCAAAUGAUGUUGUUCCAAAGGAGGAUCUUGCUUCUGAGAUUAUUUCACAUUUUGUGAUGCACGGUACAAGUGUGGCUGAGAUUAUAAAACAUCUGAUCACAGUUUUGAAGAAAAAAGAUGUUGAUUUGGCUAGCAUUUUUCUGGAAGCACUUAAAAAGGCAUACCAUAGGCAUCUUGUCAAUAUGUCUGGAAGUGAGAAUGUUUCUUCAGAAAACAACUCUUCCUCAGGAUGUAAAGAUCUGGCUGCUAAGCUUUCUGGAACAUUUAUCGGUGUUGCCCGGAUCAAACACAGACCUGACAUUUUAAAAGUUGUCAGGGAUGGUAUUGAAUAUGCUUUUGUAGAUGCUCCAAAACAAUUGUCAUUUCUUGAAGAGGCAGUGCUCCAUUUUGUGUCAAAACUGACUGCACCUGAUCUAUCGGACAUCACGAAGGAUGUUCAACAGCGAACAACAAAUGUCAAUACAGACGAAAACCCCAGUGGCUGGCGUCCCUAUAAAGUAUUUAUUGCCAACUUACUAGAAAAAUGUGCAAAGAAUGAGGGAUUUCAAGAUGAGAAAGAAGGGGUUUCUGUUAGGCGUCGGGGCCGUCCUCGGAAGAGGCAAAACAUACCAGGAAAGAAGCUUUUUGAUGAUCAGAGUUCAAGUGAAGAUGAGGAUUCCAUUAGUGCAUAUGAACAAGAUGCACAAGAUGAAGGGAAAAGACAAGAGGAUGAGGAUGACGAUGACCGAUUGAUAAAUUCAAUCCCAUCAUCAUCCAAGCUUAGGUCACUGGGAGUUUCUAGGGGGGAAAGCAAAGUAUCUGCUUCUAGAACAUCAGGGGCAUCAAGCUAGUCUUCCACAGUUGUUGUUUACUAUUAUAUGUUGACAAUUGCUUUGGUACUCAUUAAUUACUACACUUAUUAAGAUUAGGAGUAGUAGUACUUGUUUAUUCAACUUGCAGAAUGUAUAUAUGGAGCUUGUUCUGAUCAAGUUUCCCGGUCUUUCUGCUGAAAAUACAUUAGUACAGUACCAUGCCUCUUGACUGCUGAUUUUGAGCUGAAAAUACAUUAAUUAUCUCCUCGCUUACAAAUUUCACCAUGGUGGUCAACGUUGUCUGAUUC